UCUUUAGUGCUGGAGGCGGGCCUUGGGGUCGCAGUCCGCGCCGACGCCCCGCCGCCUCACGUGACUGACCUGGGCGCUGGAGCUGCCGGCCAGAGUGAGGAAGCGGCGACCGAGGCGGCAGCGGAAUCGACUGCACCCGGGAGGUAGCGGCCUGGCGAGGGACGGGCCGGCUGCCCUCUCGGACCGCCGCGGCGGAAGAGAAAAAUGGCGGAGGCCUCGGCGGCCGGGGCGGGCUCAGGCGCCACCGUCGCCGCGCAUCGGUUUUUCUGCCACUUCUGCAAGGGCGAGGUCAGCCCCAAACUACCGGAAUAUAUUUGUCCCAGAUGUGAAUCAGGCUUUAUUGAAGAAGUGACAGAUGAUUCCAGUUUUUUAGGUGGUGGCGGAGGCCGGAUGGACAAUAGCACAUCAACACAUUUUGCAGAGUUCUGGCGCAAUUUGGACCACACGAUGAUUAUACAAGAUUUCAGACCAUUUCUAAGUAGCAAUCCACUGGACCAAGAUAAUAGAGCCAAUGAGAGAGGUCACCAAACUCACAGUGACUUCUGGGGACCAAGUCGGCCUCCAAGGCUGCCAAUGACUCGGAGGUACAGAUCUCAAGGAAGUGCUCGUCCCGAUAGAUCCCCGGCCAUCGAAGGAAUAAUACAACAGUUCUUUGCAGGAUUUUUUGCAAAUUCUGCAGUUCCUGGGUCCCCACACCCUUUUUCCUGGAGCGGGAUGCUGCACUCCAACCCGGGAGACUAUGCCUGGGGUCAGACAGGGCUCGAUGCCAUUGUAACCCAGCUUUUAGGACAACUGGAAAACACAGGGCCUCCCCCAGCUGACAAGGAAAAGAUCACGUCUCUUCCAACAGUGACAGUAACUCAGGAACAAGUUGAUAUGGGUUUAGAGUGUUCAGUGUGCAAAGAAGAUUACACAGUAGAAGAGGAAGUCCGGCAGCUACCCUGCAACCACUUCUUUCACAGCAGUUGUAUUGUGCCCUGGUUAGAGCUGCAUGACACAUGUCCUAUAUGUAGGAAGAGCUUAAAUGGUGAGGACUCUACUUGGCAAACCCAGAACUCUGAGGCCUCUGCAAGCAACAGAUUUAGCAGUGACAGCCAGCUACAUGAUCGAUGGACUUUCUGAAGCUAAAGACCGCAUCUGAGCCAGGGCUGUGGUGGUCUUCUUACUGCAGCUGUAAAUUGUAUCACAACAAAAAGAUAGUAGGUGGAUUUAGGAAUUGUAUAAGAAACCCCAACCCAUAAUAUUAAUGCAAUGAGUGUUUUUCUUCUCUAAAUUUAAAGUUAGCAUCUAUAGAUGGAAUUGUAUCUACAACCAAAUGCCUCUCGUUCCUGAAUUCAGAGUGGUAAUUCUAUUAAGUGUGAAACUUCGUUAUGUGGGUUUCCCACCACCAGAAUAGAAUCAGUUCCUUAAGUCUAGCUAGGGUCCUGCUAUCUGUCAUGUUACGUUGUAAUGGAUGCUUUCACCUCCUGUCCCGCCUCCACUGACCGUCCAUUAGUGUGUUUUUCGGUAAAUACAGUGGAACUAGAGCCCUGAAGUGCUGCUGAUGUGAAGUCCUCCUGUUUUAAUUGUACAAAAGCAUAUAUUCUUGGCCACAUUAGCUGUGACUUGAGGUCAGGUUAAUUCAUGAAUCUAACUAAUGAUUUUGUUUUGUCUUAAACCGUCAGAGAGCAAAUCAAAGAAAAAUUACAGUGGGAAGGGGAAAGUGGCAUAUUGUACCCUUUGGUUUUCUCAUUUGAAUUUUUACUGUCUGCUUCACAAGAUGCUGUUUCGUCAGAAACCACCGUGACACGUCUUAGGAGUCUUCUGUUGGUAGGAAUCUGAUUCUGGAUCCUUUUGGGAAUGAGGGGAGCAGCAGACAGGCACAGAAAGACAAAUGUUUGAAGUCUUUGGUUCUGAAGUUUUUUAACGCGCCCCAGCUCGUUGUUUACUGUCUUUUGUCCUUAAAAUAAUUUGUUUCACAGAGAGAAUUAUUUUAUUACUGCUUCUUCUAUAGCCAUUUCACUGUUUUUAGUAAUUCAUUGGUCUUAAGGGAUUGAGAUUUUACAUUGUCUCAUUUUAAUUUUUUAAGCCCUUUAAUCAUCUCUGAAACCUUUCUGUUGGCUUGGUUCUGGCUAUACUUGGAGUCAAACUGAUGAUUGCAAUCAUGCCCAAAACAGCUUGGCCCACGAGAGCUAUGGCUUGUUUUUUUUAGCCUGACAGUGUCCUGUGUACAUGCAUGUGCUCUUUGGAGCAUUUGAAAAUCAGAAAUGUCCUUGCAACCUCAAAGUCUCAAAAGGAAAUGAUGGAGACACGUAAACACUGUUGGUGCACCCAAUAGGGGGACCGAGGAAAUGCCGUUUAUAUGGUCACAUCAGCCCGUCUGAUCAUCAGCCCUUUGGAAUGAUCAGAACAGGAAAGCCACUUUUUGGUCAGUCUCUUUCUUGGCUAGGAGUCUUUUUCAGUUUUUGUUGACUAUCAUACAUUAUACACUGAUUGGGGGGGGGGUAAGAAAAGGGGGUCAGAGAUAUCUUUGUACUUUGAUAGAUGAUAAAGGAGUGGGGGAGGGAAGAAAGAAAGUGGGAGAGUGGCUUGCUGAAUUAAUAGCCUGCCUGUAAAAGUUGUGACCAUAAGGUAUGAUUUAGGUUGGGCCCAGGGGGAAUAAAAGUUGUUUUUUCAUAUG